AUGGCGUACGCAACAACAAUAUACACAUAUAGAGAAGGAAUGCGCAAAAGGGAACCAUUUUUAGUUUAUGCCAAAUCCCAUAUUGUACCCAUCAAAGGAAUGACCAUAGCGCGAUUAAAACUGCUUGCUGUUCUCAUUGGAGUACAAACAGGACGAUUUGUACUAAAUCAAUUAGAUUUAGAAGAGAAUCGAGUUGAAGAAAUUCGAAAGGCAAAAUUAAAUUUUCGUUACAUACCUAGGAAUGAAAAGCCAGUGGACGUGGCUACAAGAAGACUUUCUCCUACAAACCUUAAGAAUUCUUGGUGGUAUGGACCAUCAUGGUUAAAAAAGAAGGAAUGCGAGCAGCCACAAUGUGAAUUUCAAGCAAAGAGUACGAAGAGCAUGAAGAAAUGGAAAACUCAAUGGGCUGAUGUAAUAAUUGAUACAACAAAUGCCCAACAUUCAGAUUCAUCAAACGCAAAACAAAAAAAUAAAUUCGAGUGGUUAAACCCGAUCUCAGAUGAAUUCUCAUAUAUAACAAUGAAGAAAGUAGACACAGCUCGACGAAUUAGACAAGCACAAUUUGACGGUCUUGUCAAUAUAAAGUUAGAAUAUGGUUCAGGAAAACGAUGGAUUGCUCUAUUUACAUGCAACCAGAAUGAUGCAUCUAGAAAUAGUAGAGAAUCUGCUGAAACCUUCUUACUUAUAUUUAGAAGAUUUAUUUCUCGACGAGGAUGUCCCAAACUGAUUUUAAGUGAUAGUGCUAUUUAG